CGUUCCAGGUUUUGAGCAGUGUUCGAGAAUCGAGAUAUCGGCCUAGGCGCUAGGCGGGAGGACACCGACACCAGGGAGUUAGGGGGGGCCUAGGCGGCCUGGGAGGAUCUAGGCGGCGCCUAGGCGGCCUGGGCGGAUCUGGGCGGCACCUAGGCAACCUGGGCGGGUCGUGUCCUUUUUUUUUUCCCAAAUGAAGACAGACGAAGCUUGCUGGUGCGAAGGAGCAAAGAUUGAGAUAACGAAGUCACAUGAAUUCGCUCAGGCUGCUUUUCGUGGAUAUAAGUCUCUGAACCGUAUUCAAAGUCGCAUAUUUCGUACUGUUUAUUACACUAAUGAAAAUAUACUAGUUUGUGCUCCAACAGGAGCUGGCAAAACCAACAUAGCUGUGAUUUCUAUUCUACAUGAGGCAUUAGCUGCAGAAGUUACAUAAACUUUAGCCAUCGCGUAUCUUCAUUGAAUAUGACUGUGAGAGAACUUACUGGAGACAUGCAGCUUUCUAAGAACGAACUUGAAGAAACUCAGGUCACUUUUAUCAAUUAUGUGUGCUCCGUGAGCAAAAACUGUUACCCAAAAGAGGAAAAUGAAAAACUUAAUUAAUGGCUUCACUUUCUUCUUAUAAAGAUGAUAGUCACUGAUUGAUUAUUUUUUCAUAUAAAGUGAUUAAAUGCUUUUAGAUUUUGACAUUA